CUUAUGGGACAUCAGGACGGAGUUAACCAGCACAGGAGAUAGACGCUGGGCUUGGGGACCAGUGGAGAAAAAGAAAAGAAGGCACGGGUCGGUCAAUAAGGAGGCUAUUUUGUGCACGUACGCUUUUUUGAACGAGGGAGGGGAAGCAAGGAUCUAGACCAAACAGUGGAGUGGAUGCCAAGCUGAUUGAUUUUCAUCCUUUCGGCCCGUUGUAGACCCGCUUGGCAGAUCAACCGACCAACGGAGUCGACUUUGCCCAGCGGCAUGCGACCAAUAGCUCGCUCGACACCCGCGGCAGCAGCUUCUUGGACUACCCGGCAGCCACCCCAAAAACCGUCAACGUCGUGGACCACUCAAGUGCUGAGGACCUGGAAGCUGUCACCUCCAUGCUGGCCGAGACUACGCUCAGCAAUGUCGCCUACUAUGGACCCAGUGCUGCCGCAGUCGCCAGUGUCUUCAAUGACGAGGAUCUCUGGGGCCCACAGCUUGGAGCCGCCAGCACAGAGGGAGAUGUUCUCGUCCCUGAGGAGAUGCAGGUCCUCCCAGACCUUGCGACGCGCGAAUAUCUAAUCGCUCUUUACUACAAGAACCACUACUUCAGUCUACCGAUGGUCCAGCGAGAGGUGCUCCGUGUCUGUCAGGAGAACAUUCAUAUCCCACACUGUCUCCUGCUUUGCAACGCUGUCUUCUAUUGUGGGUCCAUGUUCUCCUCCAAUACUCUCUCCCUACGAAAGGACAGAAACGAUGAAGGCACUGUUGGCGAGGACUUUUUUAUGCGAGGACAAGUAUUACUGGAGAAAAAGUACUUGACGGCCCAUCUGUGCACCAUUCAGGCUCUGUUACUGUUCGCUAUCGGACACAAAUCGCCUGCACAGCGCUCUGCCUUUAUCAGCCAAGCGAUCACGAUGGCGCUCGACAUGGGAUUGCACACUCGACUGGACAGCAGCGCACAUCCGUUCGUGAGGGCGUAUAGAGCGCGCGUCUUUUGGUGCUGCUAUCUCUUCGACUCAACGGCGUCCGCCAUCAAUGGGAAGCCUGCAUUAAUCAACGACGAGGAAAUUAGCAUCGACAUGUUUCAAGCUGGCGAUUUAGGACCCGACACGGAGACAUUCUCAGAUCAGUACAUCAUACACUGUCUGCACGGCUGGCAAAUCUGCAGGAGGAUCCGAAAGAACUCAAAGUUGAUUGUCCGUCAGCCGCCGCCGCCGCGUUCUAUUCUGCUGGAUAAUUUGGCCCGCCUCGAUAACGAGCUCGUGGAAUGGCAGGAGAACCUACCUAAGGCCUUCGAUUUCCUGCCUGUCGAUGGAUGCAUCAUAUCGGACAUCUCGUCUUUGGCAGCAUGCGCCCAACUCCUCUGCUAUGCGCUCAUUAUCCUACUUCACCACCCAUAUUUGCCCAACCCAAAGAGUAAGGAAGCCUUUCAACCAUCAGCGCCAGGUCUGCCAGAUUCACAGGGCUAUUGUACGCAGGCCGCUAAGGAGAUCACAAAGAUUGCGGGGAUAUUGCUGAAAGAGGCGCCGCGGACGUUUGAGCAAAACACGCCAUCACGCUAUGCGCUCAACUUUGCCAUUCGCAUCCAUCUUCGGAACUCGAAGUGCUUGGUCGACCCAACACUGGCCAAGGAAUCUCGGCGAGAUCUGCAGAGGACAAUGGAUUACAUUGAGCGCGUCGAAGACUUGCAGUUUUUCCGCAUCAACCGCAGCAAAAAAUCGGACAUGACGGAUUUAUUAGCAUCUUGUCGAGCUGCCCUGGCACAGCAAAAGUCAAGUCUGGAUCUGGCAAAGGAGGCUGCGGCAUUGAAGCACCGCCAGAUGCUGCAGGAGAAGGAGGCCCUGAAAGCCAAGCAAAGGCUCUUGCAAGAACAGCAACAACAACGACAGCAGCAGCAGCAGCAAGCUCAUGAAAAAGCCAUCCAGCAACCCGUCCUGGCUUCGCAGAAUGUGCCAACACAGCAGCAAAAACACCAGCUUGACGAACGUUCACAGAAUGCGCCUCUUUCUCCUUCGCAGAUCGUGCUCUCCAUGCAGGCAACACAGCAGCAUCCCAAUAUCCAGCAGCAGUCUUACAAGCAGCAUCAGCUCCACCUUCAAAUGUAUACCCAGGAGCACAGCCAGCAGGAGCUCGCUAGACUUAACCAACUUCAACGUCAAGGACAACUCGAUAUGGAUCACCAGCGCCACCAACACUUUCAACAACUUGCAAUGGCGAAGCAUAAGCAACAUAUAUUUAUGCAGCAUCAACAAUUUAACCAUCCGCAUGUAUACAGACAGCAACCAUCAGUAUCUCAGCAGCAUAGCACUCUCGCGCAUAAUCAUCAGCCAAUGCAGCCCUCUCG